UCUCUUCGGAAAAACGAACCGACGUGUAUGCAAUUUAGUCCACUGAUCUUUUUUGUGACAGAUGGAAAUUCCAGAAAAGAUUCUUUUUCAUUUGAAGAUAAGGUAACAAACAAAAGUGAAGUGAAAUUUCGGUCUUCAGAUUUUGCUUCAAACAUAAAUAAACAAUACAAAGAUCUUCACAGCGUUAUGGCAGCUAUAGUCUCUAAAAGUGCUUCUGCAAGAACUACUCAUGAUGUUGUUUCUUCUUUUAGCUCAAAAUGGUAUUCAUCUGUUGCAAAGAAGAAGCUUCUGUGUUCUUUCAGAAUUAGAGCUUGUCAAUCCAUGGCUAACAAUAAGGAUAUCUACAAACAAGUGGGUUUAUUUUCACUAAGAAGGAAAAUUGACGACACAGUUAUUCGUGCUGAGAUGUAUGCAUCAACAGCUUUGGAAAUGGAAGAAGCAAGGUGGAUUAAGCAGGAAGAAAUGGUACGCGAUUCGGAUCUGUGGGAUGACCCAUCUAAGUCCAAUGACAUUCUUGUCAAGUUGGCUAACAGUGCCAAAGUGGUUGAUUCUCUAAAGGACAUGAGAUACAAGGUAGAGGAAGCACAGCUGAUCAAACAAUUGGCUGAGAUGAAUGCUAUUGAUUAUGGGCUCUAUAAACAAGCAUAUGAUGCAUCUGUAGAUGUGAGCAACAUUCUGGAUCAGUAUGAGAUAUCCAAGCUUCUUAAAGGGCCAUUUGAUAUGGCUGGAGCAUGUUUGAUUAUAAAAGCUGGACCUAGUGGCAUCUGUCCAGAGCUCUGGGCAGAACAACUCCUACAAAUGUAUCUUGGAUGGGCCAAAAGACAAGGUUACGAAGGAAGGAUUGUUGACAGGUGUUCGAUCGAGAAUGGAGGAAUUAAUUCGGCAACUAUAGAGUUUGAAUUUGAAUGUGCUUAUGGAUAUCUUUUGGGGGAAAAAGGAGUUCACCACCUCAUAAGGGGUUCUCCAAAUGAAUCUUCUCAGCUCGAGACUAGCUCAGCAAUUGUAGAUGUUGUUCCCUUGUUCCUAGAGAAUGCUCGUGAUCUUGAGAUCGAUUCUGAGGAUUUGAUUGUCUCAUCUCCCUUGAUUCAUGGAGAACAUAAAAGAAGAACUGAACCUACAGUUUGCAUUCAGCAUCUACCUACCGGGAUAAGUGUCCAAUCAUCUGGUGAGAGAAGCCAGUUUGCAAAUAAGAUGAAAGCACUAAACAGAUUGAAAGCUAAACUUGAAGUGAUAGCAAGGGAACAAGGAGUUGGUAGUAUAGAUAAUAUAGUUAAGGGUAAUAUUGUCAAUCUUUGGGAAGAAGAAACUAGGAGGUAUGUAUCUCAUCCAUACAAGUUAGUACAUGAUGUAAAGACUGGCAUUGAGAUGUCAGACCUAAAUACUAUUUUGGAUGGGAAUAUUGGACCCCUUAUUGCAGCUCAUAUUAAUAUGAGAGACUAAUGUGGUGUCUUCAAUUCUGAAUUCAUGUUCAUCAAUUAUUUAGGAUGUUAUACUUAGUAUUUUUCACAUUUUGGUCCUGCAAAUUUUGAGGAUUUUCUUCAAUUCGUUGAUAUAUCUGAACAAAAAACACAAAAUUGGGUAUCAAAUCAUCCAAUUUGGCUUGUACCUACAUAUUUUUGUUAAA